AAAAGCCACAAUCAACCAUGCGUUUCCUGGUAGUCUUGGCCUGCCUAGUGGCCGUUUGUGCUGCCGGCACUCUGCCCAACAAGGUGGAACAGCGUCUUUUGGAGUUGGCGGAUCAGAAUGGUGACAUCGAUCUGUUUGUGGAGCCUCAAGAGGGAGUUGAAGUUGCCCCCCAGUUCAUCGUGUCCUGGCAGGCCCGUCGCUUCAUCCGCAAGCUCCAGAAGCAGAUGGAGUGCGGAUGGCCCCAGUAUGGUAUCCCCGUCCUGGCCCCUCUUCGCAUCAACGAAUUCGAUCUGGACUUCAAGAAGGGCAUCUUCGAGACCCUUAACCAUGUCUUCCACCUCAAGAUCGCCGGUCUGGAUGACUUCAAAAUCCAGAAGUUCAAGCUGAACGUGAUUACCAGCAAGGUGACCUUCGAUUUCCUGUUCCAGAACAUUGAUACCACCGCCCAGAAGUACAGCACUGAUACUCUGAUCGAUGCCCUGCGUCAGUUGGGUCUGUCCGUGGAGUACGAGGGAUCCGGAGAGCUGUUGUUCGAUCUGAUUAACCUGCGCAUUGCCGGCACCCUGAAGUACAAACUCCCCAUGCUGUGGGGCUCUGCCAAGAUCACCUCCCUGAAGACCACCAUCUCUCUAGAGUCCGUGACCUCGGACAUUAGUGGAUUCAUGGGCAACGGCCAGAUUAACCGUGCCAUCAACAGCCAACUGGAGAACAUCGUGGUGAAGGCUAUUAAUGACAACCAGGAUUCCAUUUCUGAGACCAUUGAGAGCACCAUCGUGCCAAAAGUGAACAAAAUGUUGAAGGGUAAGGACUUCUGGACCAUUGUGGACUUGAUCCUGUCAAGCAGCGAUGGUGAGAGCGAGGACGAUCCGAUCGUCGUCGACUGCGAUCCCUCCGCCGAUCCCUGGGCUUAAGUUCAGAGUGGGACGUGAAUAAAUACUUGUCGAUAUUUUCAA